AUGCGCGGGGCUGUGCCCCGGGCCCCCGGCGGCCGCUGCCCUGCGUUGCUCCGCGCGCUCUGCCUGCUCUGGCUGCUCCCCGGGCCAGGCUGGGUCCGCGGUGCCGAGCCGCGCCAGGUGUUCCAGGUGCUGGAGGAGCAGCCUCCGGGCACCCUGGUGGGCUCCAUCCAGACGCGUCCAGGCUUCACCUACAGGCUCAGCGAGAACCACGCGCUCUUUGCCAUCAACGCCAGCAGCGGGGCCCUGUACACCACGGCCGCCAUCGACCGCGAGGCCCUGCCCAGCGACGUCAUCAACCUGGUGGUGCUCUCCAGCGCGCCCACCUACCCCACCGAGGUGCGCGUGUUGGUGCGCGACCUCAAUGACAACGCGCCCGUCUUCCCGGACCCGUCGGUCGUGGUGGCCUUCAAGGAGGACAGCGGCAGCGGGCGCCAAGUCAUCCUGGACACGGCCACCGACGCGGACAUCGGCUCCAACGGCGUGGACCACCGCUCCUAUCGCAUCGUGCGCGGCAACGAGGCGGGGCGCUUCCGCCUGGACGUGACGUUGAACCCCAGCGGCGAGGGUGCUUUCCUGCACCUCGUGUCCAAAGGCGGGCUGGACCGUGAGCGCAGGCCUCACUACCAGCUCCUGGUAGAGGUGGAGGACAAGGGCGAGCCCAAGCGGCGAGGCCACCUGCAAGUGAACGUGACGGUGCAGGACGUCAAUGACAACCCUCCGGUCUUCAGUAGUGUGCGCUACGAGGCCCGCGUGCCCGAGGACGCACCGCUAGGCACCAGUGUGCUGCAGGUGACGGCGGCAGACGCGGACGAGGGUACCAACGCCGACAUCCGCUACCGGCUGCAGGAUGAGGGCACCCCGUUCCAGGUGGACCCCGAAACAGGGCUCAUCACGGUGCGGGAGCCCCUGGACUUUGAGGCACGCAGGCAGUAUGCGCUGACCGUGCAGGCUCUGGACCGCGGGGUACCCUCUCUCAUGGGGCGCGCUGAGGCACUUAUACAGCUUCAGGAUGUGAACGACAAUGAUCCGGUGGUCAAGUUUCGCUACUUCCCCGCUACCUCACGCUAUGCGUCUGUGGAUGAAAACGCCCAGGUGGGAACGGUGGUGGCUCUGCUCACGGUCACUGAUGCUGACUCGCCUGCGGCCAACGGCAACAUCUCCGUGCGCAUCCUGGGCGGUAACGAGCAGCGUCACUUCGAGGUGCAGAGCAGCCAGGUGCCCAACCUCAGCCUCAUCAAGGUGGCUAGUGCGCUGGACCGAGAGCGCAUCCCCUCCUAUAACCUCACAGUUUCCGUGUCAGACAACCACGGUGCGCCCUUGAACGCUGCCGUGCGCCCACGCUCCUCCGUUGCCAGCUUGGUCAUCUUUGUCAACGACAUCAAUGACCACCCACCAGUCUUCGCACAGCCCGUGUACCGCGUGAACCUAAGUGAGGAGGCGCCACCUGGCAGCUAUGUCAGCGGAGUGUCGGCCACUGAUGGAGAUUCGGGCCUCAAUGCGCACCUGCGUUACAGUAUCGUGUCAGGCAACGAGCUGGGCUGGUUCCACAUCAGUGAGCACAGCGGUCUGGUGACCACAGGCGCUGCUGCUAGGCUGGACCGAGAACUCGCCUCCCAGAUCACGCUGAACAUCAGUGCACGGGACCAGGGUCUCCACCCCAGGGUCUCCUAUGCCCAACUGGUUGUCAUGCUGCUGGAUGUGAAUGACCAGAAACCUCAGUUUACCCAGUCGCAGGGGUAUGAGGUGUUGGUGGUGGAAAACACCCCUGCGGAGACUGAGCUUCUGGUGCUGGCUGCCACUGAUGGGGACCUGGGAGACAAUGGCACCAUCCGCUUCUCCCUGCAGGAUGCAGAGGCUGGCACCCGUGCCUUCCAGCUGGACCCGGUGUCCGGCAGCCUGAGCACGCUGGUUGCCCUGGACCGCGAGGAACAGGACUUCUACUCCCUGUGGGUGCUGGCAUUCGACCUGGGGGCACCCCCACAGUCCAGCCUGGCACAGGUCAAUGUGACUGUGCUGGACCUGAAUGACAACAGCCCUCUCUUCUACCCCAUCCAGUACUUUGCCCACAUUCAGGAGAACGAGCCUGUGGGCAGCUCUGUCACUACAGUGUCGGCCACUGAUCCAGACCUGGGCACCAAUGGCACAGUCCGGUUCAGCCUGUCAGCUGGGGAUGGCUCUCGGUUCCAGGUGCAUAGCCGCAGCGGGCUCAUCUCCACGCGAGUGGCCCUGGACCGGGAGGAGAAGACCACCUACCAGCUGCAGGUGGUGGCUGUGGAUGGGGGUGGCCUGGCAUCUCCCAUCCAGGCUAUUGUCACUGUCACAGUGCUUGACACUCAGGACAACCCACCUGUUUUUGGCCAGGCCACCUACAGCUUUGUGGUCUUUGAAAAUGUGGCCGAGGGUUACCCUGUGGGGUGUGUGUCGGCCUCCAGCCGGGACCUGCACUCCAACAUCAGCUACCUCAUCACAAUGGGGGACCAGCGGGGUGUAUUUGCCAUUGACCCAGCCUCGGGACAGUUACGCACAGCUGGUGUGAUGGACAGGGAAGAGCAAUCCUUCUACCAGCUGCGUGUGGUGGCCAGUGGUGGCCUGGUGGCUGGUGAUGCUCUGGUGAACAUCACCAUCAAGGACCUGAAUGACAACCCUCCGCAUUUCCUGCAGGCAGUGGAGACGGUGGAUGUAGUGGAGAACUGGCAGCCUGGACACAGCAUCUUCCAGGCCCGGGCCACAGACCCCGAUGAGGGAGUAAAUGGCUUGGUGCUCUACAGCCUGCGCCAAAGCCCCCAGAGUCUGUUCGCCAUUGAUGAGAACAGCGGGGAGGUGACUCUGCUUGGGGCCCUAGACGUGCACGCAGGGUCCUACCAGUUGGAGGUGGUGGCUGCUGACCAGGGGGUGCCCCGGCUCUCCUCCAGUCUCCUGGUAACUGUGCGUGUCCACGAUGUCAAUGACCACCCACCUGUCUUUGACCAGCUCUCCUACGAGGUGUUGCUGUCUGAGUCAGAGCCUGUGAACUCACGCUUCUUUCAGGUGCAUGCAACUGACAGGGACUCGGGCCUCAAUGGAGAGAUUGGCUACAGCAUCGCCCAGGGCAACAUAGGUGGGGCCUUUGGCAUCUUCCCCGAUGGGCAGCUGUAUGUCCAGUCGGAGCUGGACCGUGAGCUGCAGGACCACUACGUGCUGGUGGUGGUGGCUGCUGACCGUGCAGUUGAGUCACUUAGUGCGUCGGUAAAUGUGUCUAUCACCUUGGAGGAUGUGAAUGACAACCGGCCGCUGUUCAACAGCACCAACUACUCCUUCUACUUUCAAGAAGAACAGGCUGCCGGCUCCUUUGUGGGCAGGGUCAGUGCUGAGGACAAAGAUUUUGGGCCCAAUGGAGAUGUCAGGUAUGCACUGGAGACGGCGCAGCCAGACUUUGAGCUGCAUGCAGUGAGUGGGGCAAUCUCCAGCACUCGCCGACUGGACAGGGAGGCCCUCAUGCACCUCCGGGGAGCAGUUGUAUUUAGCUUUGUGGUCAUCGCCUCAGAUCAGGGCCUCCCUCAGCCACUCAAGGACCAGGCCAUGGUGCACGUGUACAUGAAGGAUGUCAAUGACAAUGCGCCCCGGUUCCUGAAGGAUGUAUACCAGGCUACGAUAUCUGAGUCAGCAGCCAACUUGACCCAGGUCCUGCGCGUAUCCGCCUCAGACGUGGAUGAGGGAAGCAAUGGGUUGAUCUACUACUCCAUCAUUCGUGGAAAUGAGGAGAGGCAGUUUGCGGUGGAUGGUGGCUCUGGGCAGGUAACGCUCGUGGGACACUUAGAUCAUGAGGCCACACCUGCCUAUUUGCUAGUGGUUCAGGCCAUGGAUGGGGGCAUCGUUCCGCUCAGUGCCACAUGCACCUUGGAUAUCCGGGUACUUGACGAAAACGACAACACACCUUCCUUCCCCAAGACCACGCUCAUUGUCGAUGUGCUGGAGAACAUGAGGAUUGGCGAGCUGGUGUCCUCAGUGUCAGCCACGGACUCAGACUCGGGUGACAAUGCAGACCUGCAGUACAGCAUUGCUGGGACCGACAACCACGGCACAUUCAGCAUCAGCCCCAACACGGGCAGCAUCUUCCUGGCCAAGAAGCUGGACUUUGAGACGCAGGCGAUGUACAGGUUGAACAUCAGUGCACGGGACCGUGGCCGGCCACCUCGUUCCUGCACCAUGUCUGUAGUGGUUCAUGUGCGCGACUCCAAUGACAACCCCCCAAGCUUCCCCCCUGGCGACAUCUUCAAGUCUAUUGUGGAGAAUGUGCCCUUGGGCACGUCAGUGGUCUCGGUGCCUGCACAGGACCCUGACACAGAUAUAAAUGGGAAGCUCUCCUACACCAUCAUUCAGCAGAUGCCCAGAGGCAGCCACUUCACCAUCGAUAAGGCCACAGGCACCAUCUACACCAGCGCAGAAAUCGACCGUGAGUUUGCCAACCUCUUUGAGCUGACUGUGAAGGCCAGUGACCAGGCUGUGCCCAUGGAGACCCGGCGCUAUGCUCUGAAGAAUGUCACCAUCCUGGUGACUGACCUCAAUGACAACAUGCCCAUGUUCAUUUCCCAGAAUGCACUGGCAGCUGACCCGGCAGCUGCUGUGGGUUCAGUGCUGACCACCCUGCUGGCUGCAGACCCCGACGAAGGCGCCAACGGGGAGGUGGAGUUUGAGAUCAUUAGUGGCGACACAGACACCUUUGUGGUGGAUCGGUACAGUGGGGACCUGCGGGUGGCUGCAGCCCUGGUGCCUUCAAAGCUCACCUAUAGCUUGGUCAUCUCAGCCACAGACCUGGGCCCCGAGAGACGCAGGUCCACGACGGAGCUGACAGUAAUCCUGCAGGGUAUUGACGGGCCAGUGUUCUCGCAGCCAAAGUACAUCACCAUCCUGAAGGAGGGUGAGCCUAUUGGCACCAAGGUUAUUGCUCUGGAGGCAACCAGUCCUGCGGGUAUCCCAGCAGCAGUCGAGUACUACAUUGUGUCUGUGCGCUGCGAGGACCAGACGGUUGGUCGCCUGUUCACCAUUGGCCGCCGCUCAGGCCUUGUCCAGACAGCAGCUGUGCUGGACCGUGAGCAGGGCGCCUGCCUCUACGUGCUGCAGGUAUCGGCGCUGGAGCGGUCGGCUGCCUAUCCCCGGACACAAAUGGCAGAGGUGGAGAUCACACUGCAGGACAUCAACGACAACCCUCCCGUGUUCCCAACUGACACACUGGACCUCAUGGUGGAGGAGAACACAGCUGACGGCUCUAGGAUCAUGCAGCUUAGUGCCUCAGAUGCUGAUGAGGGUGCAAACGCGCUGGUCACCUACAGCAUUGUCAGUGGCGCAGAGGACAGUUUCCGCAUCGAUCCUCAGUCCGGGGAGCUGCUGGCUGCACGGCGGCUGGACCGGGAACGCCGCUCCAAGUAUUCGCUGCUGGUGCGAGCAGACGAUGGGGUGCAGUCCUCUGACAUGAGGGUCAACAUCACUGUCAGUGAUGUCAAUGAUCAUGUGCCCACCUUCUCGAGGCCUGUGUACUCCUUUGAUGUGCCUGAGGACACUGCCCCAGGUUCCUUGGUGGCCGCGAUUCUGGCCACGGAUGAGGACUCAGGCACGAAUGGGGAAGUGACGUAUGUGGUGAGCGAGGAUGAUGAGGACGGCCUCUUCUUCCUGAACCCCGUGACGGGUGUCUUCAACUUGACACGUGCCUUGGAUUAUGAGGCCCAGCAGUUCUACAUCCUCACGGUGCGGGCUGAAGAUGGCGGGGGUCAGUGGGCCAGUGUGCGGGCUUACUUCAGCGUCCUGGAUGUCAAUGACAAUGCCCCUGUGUUCAGCUCCGACUCCUACAGCACCUCUGUCAUGGAGAACCUGCCCGUGGGCUCUGCUGUGCUGGUGUUCAACGCCAGCGAUUCAGAUGCAGGAGUCAACUCUGAGCUGGCCUACAGCAUCAUGUCAGGGGACAGCCUGGGCCAAUUCUCUGUGGACCAGGAUGGACAGUUGUGUGUCCUGAAGCCCCUGGACCGGGAGGCUCAGUCCUUCUACAACCUGGUGGUACAGGCUCAUGACCUGGCACUGCCACCCAGCCCACGGCUCACCAGCACUGCUCUGGUGUCCAUCAUCUUGCUGGACGUCAAUGACAAUGCACCCACCUUCCUGUCUCCCCGGCUGACCUUCGUGCCUGAGAACACUCCUGUUGACACUGUGGUCUUCAGAGCCCAGGCUGUGGACCCUGACAGUGGCCCCAACAGCUAUGUUGAGUACGCCCUGUUAGAACCCUUGGAUGGCCCCUUUCGCGUGGGUACUAUCGAUGGACAAGUAUGGCUGAGUGGCCAGCUGGACCGCGAGCAGGUAUCCAACUACACGCUUACCAUAUUGGCCACCGAUAAGGGACAGCCCGCCCUGUCCUCAUCCACCGAGGUGCUGGUACAGGUGUUGGAUGUGAACGACAACAGCCCUGUGUUUGCUCAGGUGUCCUUCCAAGUGGACAUCCCAGAAGACAUACUCACAGGUGCUGACCUCAUGCAGGUGCAUGCCAGCGACGCGGACGAGGGUGCCAAUGGGCAGGUGCGCUACAGCAUCACAGCUGGAGAUGCACGGCAGGACUUCAGGAUCGACUCAGUCACAGGUGCCCUCUCAGUGGCCAAGCCCCUGGACCGGGAGAGGACCCCCAAGUAUGUACUGACUGUCCAGGCCUCUGACCGUGGCAGCCCACCCAGGGUGGACAGCUGCACAGUCCUCAUCUCUCUGCUGGAUGUCAACGACUUCGUGCCCGUGUUUGAUCUCUCCCCAUAUUCCAUCCACAUCCCCGAGAACCUUGGUGCUGAACCCAGGACCAUCCUGCAGGUGGUGGCGAGGGACGAUGACCAGGGUGCUAACAGCCAGCUGUCCUACAUGCUGGCAGGUGGGAAUGCCGCCUUCACACUCUCAGCCAGUGGCGAACUGCGAGUCACUCAGAACCUGGACCGGGAGGCUGAGGCGCUCUUUGUGCUGAUGAUCACGGCCAGUGAUAAAGGCUCCCCUGCACUCACUGGAACAGGGACGGUCAGUAUCAUUGUUGAUGACGUCAAUGACAAUGCCCCCACCUUCGCCAGCAACACCUACCGCACCAGGGUCCCCGAGGAUGCACCCACAGGAACUGACGUGCUCUUGGUGAAUGCCUCAGAUGCCGAUGCAGCCACCAAUGCUAUCAUCAGUUACAGGCUCCUGGGUGGGAACUCACAGUUCUCUGUAAACCCAGCCACGGGCCAGCUCAUCACCAGCGCCCUGUUGGACCGGGAGAGCCGUGAGAACUACAAGCUGGUUGUGGUGUGCAGCGAUGCUGGCUCCCCUGACUCGCUCUCCAGCUCUGCCACUGUGCAGGUGACAGUGACUGACAUCAACGACAACCCUCCCAGGUUCCAGCACCAUCCCUACGUCACCCACAUUCCAGCGCCUACGCCUCCAGGCUCCUUUGUCUUUGCCGUCACUGUCACUGAUGCUGACAGUGGCCCCAACGCGGAGCUGCACUUCACCCUGUCAGGCCGACACUCAGAACAUUUCCACAUUGACCCCUUGCGUGGUGCCAUCACAGCUGCUGGGCCCCUCCACGGGGCCUCCGAGGUGACGCUUGCUGUGCAUGUCCGUGACGGUGGCCUGUCCCCCAAGACUGAUUCCACCACUGUGACCAUCCGCUUUGUCAACAAGGCCGAGUUCCCCAAAAUCCGAGCUGCUGAGCGUACGUUCGUGUUCCCUGAGAACCAGCUGCUGGGCACGCCAGUGACAAUGGUGAUGGGCUCGUCCUCCAGGGCAGAGCCUGUGUCCUAUUACCUCGCUAGCGGCAACCAGGAUGCAUCCUUCCACAUGGACCAGCUCACGGGGCAGCUGUCUAUUGGGCGGCCACUGGAUUUUGAGAGGACGCAUAGUUACGUGGUGUGGGUCGAGGUCCGAGACGGUGGCUUCCCCCCAUUCUCGUCCUAUGAGAAGCUGGAUAUUGCUGUCCUGGACGUCAAUGACAACCCGCCAGCCUUCCGGGAGGACCCAUUUGUGGCAGAGAUCUCAGAAAAUCUGUCCCCCCGUAAAGUACUAACAGUGUCAGCUACAGACAGGGACAGCGGCCCCAAUGGGCAGCUGGGCUAUGAGAUUGUGAGUGGCAAUGCGGCACUGGCCUUCAAUAUCCACCCGGCCACUGGGGAGGUCCGCAGUUUGUGGCCACUGGACCGUGAGCAGAUGGCCCGCUAUGAGCUGACCGUGCGUGCUUCCGACAAGGGCUCACCAGGCCGCAGCACCUCUGCUCGUGUGGUCAUCCACGUUCUAGAUGAGAAUGACAAUGCACCCCGCUUCUCCCAGAUCUUCAGCGCCCAUGUCCCCGAGAACUCUCCUCUGGGCUUCACGGUGACGCGUGUCACCACAUCGGAUGAGGAUGUGGGUGCCAAUGCUGUGAGCCGCUAUGCCAUCACGGACCUGUCGCUGCCCUUCUCCAUCCAUCCCAACACGGGAGACAUGGUGGUCAGCCGUCCACUAAACCGGGAGGACACUGAUCUGUACCGUGUGCGUGUCUCUGCUCAGGACUCAGGUUGGACUGUGAGCACUGAUGUCACCAUUGUGGUAACAGAUGUGAAUGACAACCCACCUCGAUUUUCUCAGCCCUCCUACUUCCUUGAGUGCCCCGAGCUGCCUGAGGUAGGCUCUAGGGUGACACGGCUAUCGGCCAGCGACCCUGAUGAGGGCCCUAAUGGGCAGGUAUUCUACUACAUCAAGUCACAGUCUGAGUACUUCCGGAUCAAUGCUACGACUGGAGAGGUCUUCAAUAAGCAGGCCCUGCGCUUCCAGAAUGCCAGCCGCCCUGGCAGUGUCCACGCCAACCGGCACAGCUUCAUUGUCACCUGCUCGGAUCGUGGUUCCCCAGCUCUGCUCAGCGAGACCACAGUGACCAUCCACACGGUGGAUAGUAAUGACCAUGCACCCCGCUUUCUGCAGACACAUUACUUCACACCUGUUGCCAAGACCGUGGAACCAGGGACCAGACUGCUGCAGGUGAUGGCGCUUGAUGAGCAUGACUUCGGCCUCAACUCAGAGGUCCAGUACCACUUUGCCAAUGACCAGCACCUUGGCCGGUUCCGGCUGGACCUGCACACUGGGUGGCUAUCUGUAGCUGCCUCACUGGUGUCUGACCUGAACCGCAACUUUGUGCUACCCGUGAUAGCCCAGGACAGGGGGAAGCCUCCCCUUAGUGCACACACCACGGUGAGGGUCCUGGUGACGGAGGAGAACCACCACACUCCUGAAUUCUCCCAGAGCCACAUCAGCCUCACAGUGCCCGAGAGCCAGAGCGUGGGUACGGCCCUUAGGACUGUGUCAGCUCGGGAUCGGGAUGCGGCCACCAAUGGUGUGGUCCACUAUAGCAUUGCUGCAGGCAACGGAGACAGCCUCUUUGCCAUCAACACCUCCACGGGCGUGCUGACCCUGGCACAGCCGCUUGACUAUGAGCUCAGCCCGCAGCAUGAGCUGACCGUGCUGGCCACUGAUGGUGGCUGGGUAGCACGGACAGGGACCUGCUGGGUGACAGUGCAUGUGGCUGAUGUCAAUGACAAUGCGCCUGUGUUCCACCCAGCCCAGUACACGCCCAGUGUGCUGGAGAACGCUCCCAGUGGCACCACUGUGCUACGGCUCAAUGCCACUGACGCUGACUCGGGUGCCAACGCUGUGACCGCCUAUGCCCUGCAGGCGUCUGACAGUGAUCUGUUUGUCAUUGACCCCAACACUGGUGUCCUCACCACACAGGGCUUCCUGGACUUCGAGACCAAGCAGAGCUACCAGCUGACGGUCAAGGCCUUCAACGUGCCAGAUGAGGACCGCUGUGGUUUUGCUUCGGUGCUAGUGCAGCUUCAGGGUGCCAAUGAGUAUGUACCGCGCUUUGUGUCCCGGCUCUACGCCUUCCAGGUGUCUGAGGCUGCCGCCCCUGGCACUGUGGUGGGUGAGGUGUUUGCCAGUGAUCGUGACCUAGGCCCAGAUGGUGAGGUAUACUACCUGCUCUUUGGCGCCGGUCGCAAGAAGGGCUUCCAGAUCCACCCGCGUACGGGGCGUCUGGUGGUGUCUGGGCGCCUGGACCGGGAGAAGGAAGAGAGGGUGUCCCUGAGGGUGCUGGCCAAGAACGCGGGCAGCAUCCGGGGCACUGAUGUGGACGAGGUGGUGGUGAACAUUACAGUGCUAGACGCCAAUGACCCACCGGUGUUCAGCCUGCCCGUCUACACUGUGCAGGUCAGUGAGGCUGUGCCACCAGGCACCCACGUCACCUUUGUCAGCGCCUUCGACUCUGACUCAGUGCCCAGCUGGAGCCGCUUUUCCUAUGUUCUGGGCCCCGGCAAUGAGCGUGGUGCCUUUUCCAUUCACCCGCAGACGGGGCAGAUAACCGUCAUGGCUGAGCUAGACCGGGAGACACUGCACAUGUACAACCUCACUGUGCUGGCUGUGGACACAGGGACCCCUGCUGCCACAGGCAGCACCUCGUUGCUGGUCACCUUGGAGGACAUUAAUGACAAUGGGCCCCAGCUGACAGUCACUGAGGGGGAAGUGCUGGAGAACCAGCCACCAGGGACGCUGGUGCUGAGCCUGCGUGCCACUGACCCCGACCUGCCACCAAAUCAGGGCCCCUUCUCCUACCACUUGCUGAGCAGCGGCCCUGGCACAAGCUACUUCAGCCUGAGCCCGUCUGGUGUGCUCAGUACCACCCGUGAGAUUGAUCGUGAGCAGAUCUCCCACUUCCGCCUGGCUGUGGUGACACGGGACUCAGGGGUGCCGCAGAUGUCAUCCACAGGGACUGUGCAUGUUACCGUGCUGGACCAGAAUGACAAUCCCUCACAGCCAAGGGCCCUGGAGGUCUUUGUGCACUACUUUGGUGCCUCAUUUCCUGGUGGUGUUCUGGGCUCUGUGAAGCCCCAGGACCCUGAUGUGCAGGACACCUUUCACUGCUCACUCACUUCGGGUGUCCCUAGCCUCUUCAGCAUCCCCCGGGGUACCUGUGACCUGAGUGCACAGCCACGGUCAGCAGAUGGCACCUUCGACUUGACAGUGUUGAGCAGCGAUGGGCUCCAUAGUGCUGUGACCAGCAGUGUCCGUGUUUUCUUCAUGGGCUUCUCCAAUGCCACUGUGGACAGCAGUGUGCUGCUGCGGUUGGCUGUGCCCAGCAUUGGAAACUUCCUCACCAACCACUAUCUGCACUUCCUGCGCAUCGUCAGCUCCCAGCUCACCGGGCUGGGCACAGCCGCACAGCUUUACGGCGCCUUUGAGGAUGGUGGCCGGACUUUCUUGCUGGCUGCAGUGCGGCGGGGACAUGGGCAAUAUAUGAACCCCAGUGGUGCGGCCACCUUCUUCCAGAGCAUCAGGGAUGCAUUGUUGCGCCAGGGUGGGGUACAGGUGGAGUCAGUGGACCAUGACCCUUGUGCCUCCCGCCCGUGCCACCAUGGAGGCAGUUGUGUGCGCAGGCUUGCUGUGGGCCCUGCCUUGCACACACACCAGAGCCUCCCAGUCAUCCUGGUGGCCCCUGAGCCCCUACCCCCCUUUCUGUGCCAGUGUCCUCCUGGAUACACGGACGACCACUGUGAGACUGACAUUGAUGAGUGCCUCCCAGGCCCUUGCCACAAUGGUGGCACCUGCCACAACCUUGUUGGGGGUUUCUCCUGCUCGUGCCCUGAUGGUUUCACUGGCCGUGCCUGUGAGCGGGAUGUGAAUGAGUGUGUGUCUGGGCCCUGCAGGCAUGGGGCCAUCUGCCAGAACUUCCCGGGUGGCUUCAGCUGUGUCUGCAAGUCAGGCUACACAGGGAAAAUGUGCGAGUUGUCUGUGAAUUACUGUGAAUGCAGCCCCUGCUUCAAUGGUGGCUCGUGCCAGAGUGGCGUGGACUCCUACUACUGCCAUUGCCCCUUUGGUGUCUUUGGCAAGCACUGUGAGCUGAGCAGCUAUGGCUUCGAGGAGCUCUCCUACAUGCAGUUCCCUAGCCUGGACGCCAACAACAACUACAUCUACAUCAAGUUUGCCACUAUCCGGAGCCAUGCCCUACUGCUUUACAACUACGACAACCAGACAGGGGACCGGGCUGAGUUUUUGGCUCUGGAAGUUGCAGAGGAAAGGCUGAGGUUCUCCUACAACUUGGGUAGUGGCACGUACAAACUCACCACCAUGAAGAAGGUGUCAGAUGGCCUGUUCCACACAGUGAUUGCCCGCAGAGCUGGCAUGGCGGCAUCCCUGACCGUGGACUCCUGUUCCGAGAAUCAGGAGCCUGGCUACUGUACUGUCAGCAAUGUGGCUUCCUCUGAUGACUGGACCCUGGAUGUUCAGCCAAACCGAGUCACAGUGGGGGGCAUACACUCAUUGGACCCCAUCCUACAGCGGCGGGGCCAGGUGGAGAGUCAUGACUUCGUGGGCUGCAUCAUGGAGUUCGCGGUCAAUGGGCGGCCACUGGAGCCAGGGCAGGCACUGGCCAUGCAGGGCAUCCUGGAGCAGUGCCCACGACUGGAAGGCGCAUGCUCACAGCAGCCAUGCCAACAUGGAGGCACGUGCACGGAUCACUGGUCAUGGCGUCAGUGCCACUGCCCUGAGGGUCUGACUGGGAAGUUCUGCGAGAAGGCUGUCACUCCUGACACAGCACUGUCCCUGGAGGGCCGGGGGCGCCUCGAUUACCACCUGAGCCAGGCUGAGAAGCGUGACUUCCUGCUGCGACGUGCCCUUCGUGGCCCGGCCACGGAACCCUUUGGUGUGGACAGCCUGGAGGUGAAGUUCCGAACCAGGAGCGAGAAUGGGGUCUUAAUGCACGUUCAGGGGAGCAGCAACUACACCACUGUGAAGAUCAAGAACGGUCGAGUGCAUUUUACAUCGGAUGCGGGUGUGGCAGGGAAGGUGGAGAGGAGCCUGGCUGAGGCCUACGUGGCUGACGGACGCUGGCACACUGUCUCCCUGGUGAAGAAUGGGACAGCCACUGCUCUGUCCCUCGACCACCUGUACCGCAGGGACAUCGUGCAGCCCACCCAGGACUUUGGGGGGCUGGAUGUGCUCACCAUCUCUCUUGGGGGCAUCCCGCCCAACCAGGCCCAUCGUGACCCCCAGACAGGCUUCUCCGGCUGCGUGGCCUCUAUGCUCUAUGGUGCCGACUCACUGCCCUUCAGCGGGAAGCACCGCCUGGCGUCCAUCUCCAGGACCGACCCGUCGGUGAAGAUCGGCUGCCGAGGACCUGGCGUGUGUGCCAGCAACCCGUGCUGGGGUGACCUGCUGUGUGUGGACCAGUGGCUCGCAUUCCAGUGUGUGCCUCCCGGGGACUGCGCCUCGCAGCCCUGCCUGCACGGGGGCCACUGCCAGCCAGGCCUGUCCGGAGGCUUCACCUGCAGCUGCCCGGACUCGCACACUGGCCGCACCUGCGAGACAGCCAUGGCCUGCCUGGCCGUGCGCUGCCCCCCAGGCCGGGAGUGCCAGGCGGGGGGCAGCUCGGGCGGCCACGUGUGCGUACUGAGCCCGGGCCCUGAGGAGCUGUCGCUGCCGCUGUGGGCCGUACCGGCCAUCGUGGGCAGCUGCGCCACGGCGCUGGCCCUGUUGGUGCUAAGCCUCAUCCUGUGUCACCAGCGGCGCGGCGGGAAGGGGCGCGCUAAGGGCGGCGAGAAGCGGCCGCAGGAGCAGCAGCCACAGAAGAAGAAGACGAAGAAGAAGAAAAAGAAGAAGGGCAGCGAGAACGUGGCCUUCGACGACCCAGACCACGUGCCGCCCUACGGGGACGACCUGACGGUGCGCAAGCAGCCCGAGGGCAACCCCAAGCCGGACAUCAUCGAGCGCGAGAACCCGAACCCUUACCUGCUCUACGACGAGGCCGACCUGCCACGCCCCGCAGGUGCCGUGCCCAGCGCGCCCCUGGCGUCGCCCGAGCCCGAGGUGGAACACUACGACAUCGACAACGCCAGCAGCAUCGCGCCCUCGGACGCCGACGUGGUGCAGCACUACCGCCAGUUCCGCAGCCAUGCGCCCAAGUUCUGCAUCCAGCGCUACAGCCCGCUCGGCCUGGCGCGCCAGUCGCCGCUGCCGCUGGCCUCGUCGGCCGGGCUGCCCUACCCGCCACCCUAUGGCGCCAGCGGGCUGCGCGGGGCGCCCCUGAGCCUGGCGGGGCCCUCGCCCAGCCCCCGCCCGCGCCCCAGCCCCGCGCCCUUCGCCAAGACGCCCACUCCCGGGACCGCCGCUGCCGCCCUGUUCCGCACCAGCCCCGCACGCGAGCUGCUGGCCGGCGCGCUGGACGCGGGGGGCGCCGCCGGGGAGCCCCCGUGCGGCCCCGGGGCCGCGGGCAGCCUGCACUACGCCGUGCGCCUGGGCCGGCGGAGCAAGAGCCCCCCGGCCCUGAGCGCGCCCGGCUCGCGGCCCGGCUCGCGCCUGAAGCAGCCCGUGGCCCUGGCGCUGGACACGGCGCCGCCCGUCGGGCUGUCCCUCGAGGAGGUGGAGCGGCUCAACACGCCGCGGCCGCGCAACCCCAGCAUCGGCAGCGCCGACCACGGCCGCUCCUCUUCCUCCUCCGACGGCCGCCGCCCGCUGUCCCGCACGCGCAACCCCGCCGACGGGCUCCCCGCGCCCGAGUCGUCCUCGGACAGCGACUCGCACGAGUCGUUCACCUGCUCCGAGAUGGAGUACGACCGCGACAAGCCCGCCGCCUACGCGUCGCGCGUGCCCAAGCUGUCCCAGCUGCAGGAAUCGGACGCCGACGACGAGGACGCGCCGGGCGCCAGGCCUAAGCCUAGGCGCUUUCCGGGGCGCAGGGCCGAGGGCGCGCAUCUACCUUCCGCGCCCGCCGCGCCAGACCCCGCGCUGCCGCUCAAGCUGGGCCCGCAGGCGGGGCGCUUCAGCUGGGACCACCUGCUCAACUGGGGCCCCGGCUUUGGCCACUACGUGGACGUGUUCCGAGACCUGGCCUCGCUCCCCGAGCAGGCGGCGGCGCAAGGGGACGGCCCAGGCUCCAAGGACGCCGACGCUGAGCAGUACUUGUGAGCGCGCGCGCGGCUCCAGCGGGGCCACCAGGGCUCCAGCCCGCUAAGGACCUCCGGACCGGGGCGCGCUCGGAAAAAGGCGGCGCCUGCUGUGUAGAGAUUCGGCCCGGCCCAAGGCCCCUCCUGCACGCACUUCGGUGGCCACUUGGUGUUUGCGGCCUCCCGACAAGUCCCGUGUCCUGACCAGGCCUGUGAGUGGCGCUGUCAGGGCCACGACCAUUGAGGAGGAUCUUCCCUGGGGACUGCGGGGCUCUGCCCGUUUUCCCUGCCAUGUGAGCCCGACUCGGGUGUGGGAAAGACGAAGGAUCAGCGCGUGGUCCUGCCGUGUAGAAGCACAACCCUCCCGGGUCAUAUAAAGUUCUGCCGCAGUCGAUUGGUGCCAAGUUUGGCCUAAAGAAAGGACUUUUGGCACUGGGCACAGCCAGGACACUUGUCUCGCUCGGUCCUGCUGAAGAUGGUCCGGCCACCUCUGAAGAUGUCCUCAGACGCUUUUUUAAAGGUUAUUUAUUGAAAAGUGUUUUAUGUUUCCGUAACUUGUGAGAAGAAUCAGCCUGAACAAAGUCUGUGAUUGGACUUCUUUUGCAACAUUUAACUUUCUACUCCAAGUAUUGGUUUUGUGUGUGUUUUUUAAAAUUUUUAUAAUUUAUAUAAAGUCAGAUCUCGACAUUUCUUGCUUUCUGUCAUUUUUGUAGAUUAAAAAAAAUUCCGUGUAAAAACUUUUUUUUUUUUUUUACAACCUAAGCUGUGUUUUUGAUACUGAUAUUUUCCUGUGUGGAAUGAUUUUCUUACUUUCAGAGAAGGUAAGAAAAAAAUACAAUCCUUUUCUACAUUUGUUACUUAUGUGACAUUCAUAUUUUUCACAUUUUGAUAUUUGUAACAUACUGUAUGCUUUCUACUUGUAAAUGCCAACAAUAGAAGUAAAAUAUUUAUUUAAAAUA